AUGGGCCUGUGGACGACCUUUGGGGUCGGCCUUGUGCCGACUGCCUCUUUCAUACUCGCAGCAAGGGCCGUUUUGGUGACCUUGACCGAAUUCAACGUGCACGUCUUCGUCCCUGCAACGCCGCAUACGCCGGCGAUGCUUCAUGGCGACCUUGGCUGUGAUGCCCCUCCGGAACCUCUGCUAAGUUGGUCUCUCGGCAACGGGGCGCAGAACAUUACUCCCUGGCUUCGGAAGCGGGCCCCCGUCGCCUCGACAAGCUGCUCGCCUCGACUGGUUGGCAGGGCUCCGCACCGAGGACAAUACAGCUGGGGCAGGGACCGUGGUCGCCAGCAGAGACCAGGUAGUUUGCUUCUUAAGACGGCGGACAGACAAGCCGCCUACCUGGCCUUUCCAGCAACAGGCCUUCACUUCUUUCUGGCUGUUGAGUUCCCCUUCCCACUUCGCCGCGGCCGCAACAAGGAGCACUUGGCGGACCUUCCUUCGGACUUGGUGGACUCCCUGGGCUUCCUGGAGGAGUUCGAUGUCGACACCGAGAGGGACGGCGUGACGGAGCACAUGGACGACCUGCUCGAGAACCCCGCCAUUAAGAGCUUCGCGGAGAGGGGCGACAGGCAGGAGCACGUGGACCACCGGCUCGCGAACUUCGCCGAGAAAAAUCUUGUGGAUGUCUCGGACGCCGUUGGGGAGGGCAAUGAGGACAAGGCCGUCACUGAGGAGCAUGACAGCGACUUCUUCCAGAACCUGGUCGAGUUGAACAUUGCGGAGGGCGAGGACAGGUGGGAGCACGAGGGCAACCUGAUUGAAAAUCCUGAGGCCUUCCCCAACCCCGAUGAGGAGACCAUGGAGGAGGGCGACGAAAUCGGGCUAGUGCAGAAGCAAUGGGAAGACAAGGAAGGACGGAGGGACAGAAAGAGGUCAAGAUCGCGAGACAACAACAAGCGAGACAGGCGCCAGGACUCGCGGUCAAGAGGGGAACCGUCGUCGUCGUCAAGAGGAGGCCGUUCCCUUCCCUUCGUGCCGGCUCCACCCUGGACGCACGGCCACUGGUGCAUCCAAUAUUCGGAGUCGCGCGUUCGAGUGCCGGCGAGGCCAUCCCGCACUUCUGCGGAGCCUGUCACUGUCGAGAACGACACCGAUAGACGAGGAGGAGGAGACGAAGAUGUUCAGUUUGUCCCGCCACAAGAACCGGCAGCUGGACCUCCGAGAACGCGCAGCGACCCCCCAUGGCCGAGAGCCACGGCAGUGGACCAAACAGCGAGUUCUCUGCACUACCUGCGCCUGUGGCGGAGACUCCUGGAUAAUGCAGCCACACCUGAAGAAUGGAAGGGAGAAGUCAGGGUCCUGAGCAAUGAGGUCCACGGACAUAUCCUGGACGGGCUGCUCAACCUCAGUGAUAGUGAUCUGUUGGAGGCCAUGAAUGGGCUGUACCGUAUGCUGGCCCUGAUGAUGGCGGAGAUUGUCAAUACGGUGGAGAGAGCGGUGUUCCCGGCCAGCGAUGUGUUCUACCAGCCGCCCGGAAGAAUGACCUCUACCGAUUGGUUCUACAGUCACCGCCUCUUCGACCUCAAGUCCGAUCUGGAAGCGUCCACCCCCUUGUCGGCUCAUACCAAAGCGGUGGUCCUAGGCAAAAAGCUGUUCGCCUACCGCGCCAAACCUCCACAUCAGGAGGGCCUCGGGCUCAGUCGGAUGGACCGCCUGGGGGCAUUGCUGGCAGCCUUCGAACUUCAUGAGGUCGAGGCUGAAGUGCUGGAGGUGAACCCGAACGGCACGGUCAUCUGCGAUGGACCUGUACCGAGACAACACCAACCCAGUCCCCCGCCCCUGAGCAACUCGGACUUGAUGUACAUCGCCGACUCUCUGGGGGAGCAAAACCGCACCGGCGAGCCCAGCUCCAGCAGCGUCGGGUCACUUGCUCCCCGUUCGGUGGCAACUGUGACGGGGCCUUUGGCAGCUACCUUGCCUGCUCCCAGACCGGAACAGAGAGAGACGGACACCAUUGAGAUGAUGCUGGAGGAGGAGUACCUGCUGCAGAGGGAAAGGGAGCGGGAGAGGGACCUCAAGAGAAAAAGGGCCAUGGAAGAGGUGGAGAAGCAUGAGAAGGCAAUUCGAGAAGAAGAGGAAAGGGAGGCGGAGGAUGAUGAGGCCCGAUGGCAGCAGCACCUGGCUGCCGUCAGCCAAGGAGAGGAGGAUGAGGUCAUGAGGCAGGCGCUUCAGCAACCAGGUAAGCAGAAGAAAGUGGGCGUGCGGGUGACCCUCGUGGGGAAAAAUGGGGCAGUUCUUCUCAGCCGUGACCAGUCUGUGGUGGAGGCGGCGGACAACGAGGUGAACGAGCCUGUGAACGAGGAUGACGUGGCCGAGGAGCAGAUCCUACAAGAGAGCCAAGACGAGGACAUCCUGGAAAUGGCGGCGGAGGAGUUCCUGGAGUCGUUGCAAUGGCGUCCAGACAGACUGUGGAAAAGCUGGUUUGUCCUGUGGAAGGCAGGGCAGGUGCGAGAUGCCGAAGUGGAAGCCAGGUGGGGCGUCGAUGGCUUGUUGCAGUUCCAGGCGGAGCUGGCUGCGAGCAUGGUUGCUAUGAGAGCCAGCCAACAAGCUGACACGCAGAUGGAACUGAACGCGGGUGCGGGGUGCCUCGCCGAGACGCAGAUGGAGCUGAACGCGGAGGAGGGCGACCUCGAGGAGAUCACACAAGUUGACCACGCAGAGGCUUCUGUUGGAGGGCAAGGCGAUUCAUCUCUGUUGGAGGAGACGCUCGUGAGUGGUGACCUUGUUGAGCCAGCAGCUGCGGUGGCUGGUGCAGCGGAUGGG